AAACUAUUGCCGCUGCGUCGUCUCGUGCGUGAACUCAAGUGCAUUUCGGGAAAAAAAGAAUAGAAAUAUAGUCUCUAGAGAAUUCGCGCCUGUGGUUCUGCUGACUUGUGAUUAUGAGAGCUUCCCUUCUGCUGCAGAGGCUAAAUGAGUUGGGGUUUCCUUACACAGCUGUUGGAUGAGAUUUCCAACCACUCAACCUUCGUGGGCAAAAUCUGGCUGACAUUACUCAUCAUCUUUCGCAUAGUUUUAACUGCUGUCGGGGGCGAGGCAAUCUACUCUGAUGAACAGAGUAAUUUUGUGUGUAACACGCUCCAACCCGGUUGCGAAAAUGUUUGCUACGAUGCGUUUGCACCGCUGUCACACAUUCGCUUCUGGGCGUUUCAGGUCAUUAUCAUCGCCACGCCGACCAUCAUGUACCUGGGUUUCGCAAUGCAUAAGAUUGCACGCAUGGAGGACGAUGACUACCGGCCGCAAGAGCUAGAGGCAGAAAAGGAAACCAAAAAGCCCAGCAAAAAACACUUUGGAAAACGUGGCAUCAAGCGGGAUGGCCUGAUGAAGUUCUACGUUUUUCAGCUGCUGUUGCGUGCCAUCUUAGAGGCCUCGUUCCUGUUUGGACAGUACAUCCUUUACGGACUGGAGGUGGCCCCGGUGUACGUAUGCACGCACGCCCCUUGCCCAAACAAGGUGGAUUGCUUCGUCUCGCGCCCCACAGAGAAAACCACCUUCUUGCGUAUUAUGUACACCAUCAGCGCCCUGUGUCUGCUCUUCACCGUGUUGGAGAUUCUUCACCUCGGCGUCAGCGGUAUCCGGGACUGCUUUUGUGCACGGCGGCCUCAGCCUCGCACUGCCCAUCACCCAGAUCUGUCCAGCCAGAGGUCCUCCAUCUGCCGCCAGACAUCCGCACCUCCAGGCUCCCACACGGCUCUGAAGAAGGACCCGUCAGGGAAAAUGGGCUUCAGGGACAACGAGGGAGACUCGGGACGCGAGUCGUUUGGCGACGAGGCUUCAUCGCGGGAACUGGAGAGGCUGGGAAGACACCUGAAACUGGCUCAGCAGCGUCUGGACAUAGCAUAUGAGAAAGGUCUUUGUAUCUAAAAAGAGGAUCACACCAAGGGCCGGACACGUGCCUCACCGGCAGAGGGAGGGGCUCGUCGUGAAUUUUUUCCUCAUUUUUGUUAAGAUCAGUUCUUGUGGCCGUUUUGUAAAUGUGUUGCUUUUUCCGACAGAGUCUCAGAGUUGGCAAAUCUGUAUUUGUAUCAGUCUUUAUUCAAAAUGUGUGUCGGUGUCUAAAUUACCUCUACACAGACACACACACACACACACACACACACACACACACACACACACAGAGACACAGACACACACACAGAGACACGCACAACACACAGAGACACAG